AUGCGUCUCUCGACCGCCCUUCCUCUCCUGCCUCUCGUGGCCGCCCUACCAACCGCCCCGCCUGCGAAACCUCUUCCUCUCAUCAUCUGGCACGGCCUAGGCGACCGCUACGAUGCCGAUGGAAUUGCUGAUGUCGCUGCUCUAGCGAAUGAGAUCCACCCAGGCACCGUCGUCUACCCCAUUCGCCUUGCUGACGACGGCUCCGCCGACUCCCGCGCCACCUUCUUCGGCAACCUGACCACUCAACUUGCCGACGUAUGCGACACACUGAGCUCAAACUCGUCCUUUUCCUCCAACAAUACAAGGAUUGAUGCUCUCGGCUUCUCUCAAGGCGGUCAGUUCCUCCGUGGCUUGAUCGAGACAUGUCCAGGCAUUAGUGUCAGAAGUCUGGUAACCUUCGGCUCGCAACACAAUGGCAUUUCCAAGUUCCAAAACUGCGGCACCUGGGAUUUGGUGUGCAAGGGAGCUAUGGCCGCCAUCAAGGGCAAUGCAUUUGGUGAAUGGGUUCAGGGCAACAUUAUCCCUGCACAGUACUACAAGGAGACAAACGAAACCACUGGAGAGCCUACAAGCAAUUAUUUGAACAACAGCAAUUUCAUUGCCGACAUCAACAAUGAGAGACACAACAAGAGCAAGGAAUACAAGCAACGUUUGUCAUCUCUGGACAAGUUUGCCAUGUACGUCUUUGACGAGGACAAGACUGUGAUCCCCAAGGAAAGCGGCUGGUUCGCUCAAGUCAACAUGACCAGCAUGGAGGUUACUGGACUCAGAGAUAGACAGAUCUACAAAGAAGAUUGGAUCGGCUUGAAGCACUUGGACAGAAAGGGUGCUCUGGAAUUCAGAAACGCCACUGGUAGACAUAUGGACUUGACCGAGAAGAUCCUGACAGAAGCCUUCACAGACUUCUUUGGUCCCGACAAGAAGUCAUGGAAGAUGGAAGAGACGCAGCAGGUGAUGUUUGAAGAACUAUAG